AUGUCUACUUCUGAGGUUGUCGGAAAACUGUUAGAACAGCUUAGAAGUAGGGCCAGUUUGCACGUACAGAGGAGCAAGAAGCUCAAGGACCGUUUAAAGCCAGAAUCUGCCAAAAAUAAUGUAAACAACGUGGUUGUAAGGAGGAGGUUUACCCCCAGGCCUUUGGUCAGCGCCUCCAGCUCUGAUUACUUCACUCGCUUGGUCAACAGUUCCCCAAAACCACUAGUUUUAAGGUCUGUGCACCAUCCCGUGACAAACCACUUGUUAAAAUUGAGUCAAAGUUCCAAUUACAGGCACGUGCAUAUACAUAGAUGCAUACACAUGAGGAGUUACAGGGGACUUGUUUUACUCUCAAGCUUAAAGUUAAUUAAGGAGUACUGCUCCAGAAAUGGGCCAUGCCAUAGGAUUUACACAACCUCGCACUCGAACAAGUUACUCUCGGACCCUGGUGUCAAGUUUGACAAGGUUCUAAUAGUGUCAAAAAAGCUACUUCAAAAGAUUGGGAACUUGUACUCGUAUAAAAACGGGUUGGUAGCCGAGGUCCCAUUACCUGAACCCUCUAGUAGUCUAGGGGUUCCGAGACUUGUUCUGGCUGUUUGCCCAAGUAAUAAGGCGAAGAGUAGGAUUAGCGGAGCCAAUUUGGGUACCAUUAUAAGGUCAGCCCAGGCCCUCGAAUGGCAGGGGGUAUACGUACUCAAAAAUGACCAGAUUGACCUUUUCGACCCACUCACAAUAAGAUCGUCACAGUACUCCCUUUCCACUCUACCUUACCUCAAGGGAACUGUCAGCGAGAUUAUAGAAUUCAUUAAGAGUAAUAAUCUGUUGGCUUGCCACUGUGCAAAUGAUGGAAUCAGUGUGGAAUCUGAUGAAUUUUCAGAUAAAUUAAGGUCACACUGUGGAUUAAUGCUAAUAAUCGGACACAUUCCACACGAACUUUACACAUUGAGCAACAAGAUCUCGGUUAAAUCGACACAUCUUUCACCCAGUAUCGACAAUGGUAACAGUGUUGGCAAUAGUACUGACUUUAGUUUAUCCGGUGAUUCAAUUUCUGAGCCUAUUGGAGCUUGUAGUGUUAAAUACAGUUUGGAUGACCAAGUUCAAACUGGAAUUGCCAUGUACUUGAUUAAAAAGCUAUACUUUAAGCACGUCUCGGCUUCUCCAUUCAUCAUGAGCUGA